UGAAAAGUGAGGUUAUUAAUACUUUUGUCAGGUUAUUUCUUUGAAGUGUUAUUCCCUUUCCCUUAUGAAUUUAGACCAUAACUAGGUUUCAAUCCUAACUUAAUAUCGUCUAAGGUUUUAUAGCCUGGUACGUGAACUACAAACCUGCUCAAAGCAAAAUGGGUAAAAGGUUGUGAGGCGAAUUGGAACCUAGGUUAUGUCAGUCAAGGUUCAAUCCCGGGAUUCAUUUCCACAUUACUUUAGGCUAGGCCUACAUGGGGAUGCAGCAUUACUACUAAGUAAAUUCCAUUGGUGAUUGGCGGGAUUUGAGCUCAGGACCUUGGGACCGAAGUCCCGCACUCUACAGCUAGACCAGCUCGCAUAUAAUCUCCUUGGAGUGUCAUCCUUCAUGGUUGAUAUGGAAAGUGAAACUGCUACUACCGAACUUGAAAAUGGUCCAGGACCCCCGGAGCCUGUUGUUUGUUGUCGCUGUCGUCUCGACAUCACAGCUGAUCAACAUGUGUUUGAUUGUGACAGCUGCUCUCAUUCAACAUGCCUCGGAUGCCGGUUCAAGGAAGACAUUCCAUGUUGUCUGUGCAAACCUCAGAUUUCAUCUGAGACAGAGAAUACAGCUCCAAGUUUGAAAGAAAUGUAUUCUCUUCAUUUCAAACGUAGAAAAUUCAACAAAGACCAUAUUGUUGAUGUGGAAUUGUCUACAGACGAGGGAAAUGUUCAGAAGCAAAUGUGCACCAUAUGUAAAAGGGUUUUUAAGAAAAGUAACGCCUAUUACCAUUACAUGUGCGCUACGGGGGAAAAACCCUUUGAAUGUCCGGAUUGUGGCCAGAAGUUUGUCAAGAAAGGUCAUUAUGAAUCUCACUUAAAUACACAUUAUGGAGUCCGGCCGUUCAAGUGUCCUGAGUCUAAAUGCAAAGCAAGUUUCACACAAAAGGAUAAGUUGAUCCGCCAUCAAAAAUCUCAUAAAAGAGAAGUAAAAGUGAUGUGCCCGUUGUGUGACAAACAGUAUACGACUCAAGAUAUUCUAAAUCAUCACUUACUCAAAGUCCAUUCUACAAACAAGCAGUUUCGUUGUGAUCAGUGUCCCCGAACUUACAAGUAUGCAAAAUCACUCCGCAUCCAUCGGUUCAAACAUCAAGCCAAGCGAGACUACAUGUGCGAUGUGUGUGGGAAGAAGUACGCUCUCUCCGCUCAACUCAAGCUCCACAAGCGAAGCCACGUCUUGUACCAUCGAAGACCUUUCAAGUGCCGUUGCGGAAGACAGUUCAUGAGCCGACGAGACAAAGCUCGCCACGAGCUCAUCCACAAUAGCUGCCACGAUUAUGAGUGUUCUCUUUGCAACACCACCUUCGGGCGCAAAGACAACUUAGAAAGGCACAUGAAAAACUUUCAUCAAGAUGGACCACUAGUUAUGACGAGAAAUGGGAACUCAAUACCGGUGGCCUCAAUAGCUCCAUUUAACAGUAAACCAACAGUUAAAAAUGUAAAAAAUAAACAAAAUAGUAUACUUACAAAAGGUACUCAGAGAAAGGAAAAAACAAACAGUCAGAAGCAAAAUAAAGGCACUGCAGAAGUAAAGGUAAAUAAAGUAAAAAAAGGGAUUUGUUCUAAAGAGAUAAGUCCUAAGCAAGCCAAACCCAAAGCAAGCAAUGUUAGAAAGAGUAAAGUGAAAAAUCCAGCUAACGUAAAAAUUAAUACAGAAAAGGUAACAUCUGAGCCAACUGUAAAUGAGGGUGAAAAGGAAUCCAACACAAACCAAUCUGUUAUCAUGUCCGCUCAACAAAAUAGGCCAUCAGUCAUCAAAUGCAUACCUCAUCUCCUUCCUUAUAGAAUCUUGCCACCUGACAAAAGGUUUUUAAAACUAAGUGGAGAACUCAAUAGAGGAAAUAAUUCUGAAAGUCAAACAAGUUUCAAAGGAAAUAAUCCUGAAACACGAGCAAGUUUCAAAGGAAAUAAUCCUGAAACUCGAGCAAGCUUCAAAGGAAAUAAUCCUGAAACUCGAACAAGUUUCAAAGGAAAUAAUCCUGAAACUCGAUUAAGUUUCAAAGGAAAUAAUCCUGAAACUCGAACAAGUUUCAAAGGAAAUAAUCCUGAAACUCGAACAAGUUUCAAAGGAAAUAAUCCUGAGAUUCGAACAAGUUUCAAAGGAAAUAAUCCUGAAACUCAAACAAGUUUCAGUACAAGCUGUUCAUUUACACAAACAAGUUUUCAAUAUGGUAAAAAAAAACUUGUUUCUGACAAUUCCGAAAAAGCAAUAAAUGUUCCUCAGAGAACUGUAAACCCCCAAACAGUACCUCAAAGUGUGAGACAUAAAACUCAGAAAGAUGAUGCCUUAAAUAGAUGUUAUAGAAUAAUACAUCACACAAGUACUGUCAAUACAAGUCGGGUACGUGAAGUGAGUAAAUUCUCAAAAAUCAAAGGUAACUUUGAAACCAGACAGUUUGGUGAAUGUACUAGUUUUACAAGUAAACGGCAACAAACAUUCUCUUCCGCCUCUGUCUCCUUGUUGGGUUAUGCAUCAAACAAAUUCAGAACAGCAAAUAGGAAUCCUUCAAACGUAAUAUAUUCCCAGAACACUACAGACUCAAACAUCGGUGGACCCAGCUUACCCGUGAAUGGGUCAGACAGAGUUUUAGAGAUAAAUCAUGAAGAUAACUUUAUGAGCUCAAGUGCUUCAACAGCAGAAGCUACUUAUUCAUCCUCUUCGUACACCCCGUAUUUUGACAACGAAUAUUUUAGAGACAGUAUUAACAGUUACGAUUCUAAUGCUGAGAACUUACUUCCCAAUGAUUUGGAUAUAGGAUUUCAGUAUAUAAAUGAACAGUUAGGCAGUACAGAGGUCACUUUUUCAAGCGAAUCGAGGAUAAUUAGAUAUGUUGCACAGGAGACGAGAAUUGUACGAGAGUCGAUAUAAAGAAUUGUAGAAAUGUAAGUUUUUUGAUGUGAGGUGUCAUUUUCCAGCAUUUUAUUAUCCCUUUCUAGAAAUAUCCAACACAAUAGAGGUCAUUAUAAAAAUAUUUUACUUUCAAAUAAAAAAUUGAAUUUACAAUAACUUCUUCUCUCAUCUUCCUAGCUUUUGAGAGAUGCUAGAGUGUUUGAAAGUUUAACUAACAGGUUUAUUGUUGGCAUUUUCUGUACAGUUCAACAAGGCUUAAUUUUGAACCUAGUUGAGGUACUAAGUUGAAAUUUUGUAUAUUUUUGGUCUCUAUAGGGUGUACCAGUAUACCAAAUUUCAUUGAAAUCUGAGAUGGUCAGGUAAAAUGACUGUGCUGAUUUGACAUUGAAUCUAUAACAUAGCUUUUAAAAAACAAUCAUAACCUAAUGACAUUUUAUAUUCAACUUAAAUAUUAAUCUGUGUGUAUUACGAGCUCAAACAGUCAUUACCGCUCUCAAAAUGUAUGGCGGGGCUCAGCUAAAGCUUUGUGCGCCCAUUUGCAGUUCUCAAGCGGCAAUGACGUGCUUAGCACUCUUAACACGUUCGCUACCGCAAUAGUACCAAAUUUUUCAUUCAUAUAGACCAGCGCUGCAAAUAUGCGACGGCCGGUUUCUACCCACAGACUGCCGGCUAGGCACAUUACAAUAGACUGACGACGCAUAUUUGUGUCGGUGUUCCAAUGUUAUCAAAAGGCUUAUAUCUUUGUAACGGUCUAUUUGAAGGCACUGAAUUCUCUGCAGUUGUCUACAGGGAUGUCUGACGCUCAACUGCGUCGCUUGGUCUGUUGAUAUGAUUAUUAAAGACGUCAUAUGAUACAGUCCAACCUCGGUAUAACAAAUCUGAAGGGACCGAACUGAAUAUUCGUUAUAUCAUAGAUUUUGUUAAAACGAGGUUCGUUAUAUUGAGGUUAGGUUUGCAGGAAUUUCGCUAUGUCGAGGUUCAGAACCAGCAUCAGUCAAUAUAGGUCGGGAUUUUAUCUCAUUAAAACACAAUUAAAGUAGCCUAGGCUACAAUACUUUACAGUACAGUGUUUACCUAUAUUAUCCAGGGUACUAAAGAGGAGGGAUCUUUAAUAUUGCGCAAUCAUGACAUUUCUAGUCAUUGACCUUGGUACAGGUUACACAAACUGUAAGUUUAAAAUCACAGCUUUCUCUAACCCACCUAAAACCUAGCCAAACACUGUAUUGUAUAGCAAUAAACCGCGUAAAGAACAAAACAAAACAGUAGAGAGUUUUGUAAGCUACUGCUCGUGAUAGGCCGGCUACAGUACUGCUUUAAAUCACGACAGAGGAAUGUCGAUACUGUAAUAAUCUACUAUCAACUAUAGCAUUGGUGUUGCCUUAGUUUAAACAAAUUGUAUUGAAAAUAAUAAAAAUAUUAGAUAAGUCAUUAUAAAUGUGUAUAAUCAUAGCCAACUU